AUGAAGAUGGAGUGCUGCCAAGGAGAAGGAAAAAAAGAUCCGGAUGCUGUCAAUCAGAAACCUCGCGUUGAGAACGUCAAUGCGUUGCUGGAUAUCCACAUGGACCGAACUUCGAACGAAAAUUGUCGCUGA